GUACGGGUCAGUACUGCCUGGGUCGGAGAUCUUGACCUUAGAAGAAGUGACCCUGACAGAGUGCAAGUCAAACUGCAGCGUGCUUUCCAGCUGCUGGUAUUUGGCUUACUACCUUGGCUCUGUAAUGCGCGAGGGUUAUAGGAUCAGCUCUGCCGUCAAGUCAAUGCUUGCGCUGCUCGGUGCCGCCUGUUCUCAGACAACCAGCAGAAGAUGCCCUCUAUGUGCAAACCAGGUCCAGUCAUGUUCGUGGCCACAACCACUGCCACCACGACCACGACGACCAUGACAGCACGUACCCCACGACAACUUGCGUGGUUUGACGGCCGCCGUGCUGCUUUUAGACGCUGGCAAGACGGAACCAUGAGCGUUCUAGCGAGUCCAGACGGCGAUUUUUUGUUUAAAGUUUGCUUUGUGGAGCACGGAACUUGACUGCACUGCAGUAUUGAGGUUCAAGCAUGGGGGAGUCUGUUUGCAGGGUACGUGCAGACGUGUGGCCACGUGCGUUCAGCCCGCGAUACUGGACAGCUUUCGACUUGCUGCAGCCGAGUGGAUGGGCGCCCAGCAACCAUUUCUAUCCGUUUCUACACGAUGGCAGCUCUUGGCCCCAUAGUAUACAUCGCACCAGGGUCACCAGACGCACUCGUGGCUCUGACACGCGACAACACCACGCUCUUCGACACCAGCAAAGCCGACUCCAUGGAAACCUUCCUUGCCAGCAACCGCCAUGCGCUACGGGUCCUGGCACAGGACUUGGCAAAGAAGCGCACAAAGCCGAAGCUCACGCCCAGGGAACUGGCGCAGGGCGAGAGCCUGCUGACGGAUUUCAUGGGCCGCUCCACACAGGGUGCUACGCAGGGCAAGGAGAACGAGAACGGCGUUAAUGCAGGCGAGGAUGCGAAGGUGAGCAAAAAGAAGAAGGUGAAGAAGGAGAAAAGGAGGAGGCGAAAAGCGCCUGAGACCGAGGAGGUGGCCGCUGAAAGUGCUGAAGCUGAGGUUAAGGAGACAGAGGCUGUCCUCACGGAGGAGGAAGAGGACAGCGCCCAGCACUUGGAUGACGAGGAUGAGGGCUAUGUGCAGACAGAAGAAGCAGAAGAGUCUGUAGAAGCAGCCAAGAAGGAGACGCGGGCAAAGAAGAAAGCAGGAGAGAAGUCCCACAAAGAGAAGAGCAGCAAGGCCAAAGCGCCGAGCGAGCCCAAGGAAAAGACCAAGGAGGUCAAGACCAAAAAGGUCAAGGAGAGGGCUGAGAAGGUGAAAAAGGGGGAAAAGGGGGAAAAGGAGACUGCGAAGAAGGCGAAGAAGGCCAGAGAGGACUCCGUAGCAGAAAGCAGGGCGCAGAAGGUGCGGGGAAAGAGAAAGUCUGAGGACAAAGAAAAGAAAGAGCGCCCCAAGGAAAAGGAGAAGGCCAAAAAGGAAGAGCGUGCCAAGGAAAAGGCCAAGAGCAAGGAACGCCGGCAGAGCCCGCGCAAGGAACGCGGCAGCAGAGCAAGCCGAGCGCGCAGCCGCAGGCGCAGCCGCAGCGCACGACGCCACUCGCCCCGGCGCUCGCCGCGGCGUUCGCCACGACGCUCGCCCCGGCGCUCGCCCCGGCGCUCGCCCCGGCGCUCGCCACGACGCUCGCCCCGGCGCUCGCCCCGGCGCUCCGCACGACGGUCGCCUCGGCGCUCUCAACGUCGCUCCUUACACCGGCGGAGCCGAUCCAAGAGCCGCAAAAAGGCAAGAAGCAAGAGCAGGCAGCGGAGUAGCUCCGCCAAAGAGAAGAGGAAACCAUCCUCUGCGUCGCCUGCAAACAAGAAGGCGCGCUCCAGCUCCCCACGCGGCUUGGCGCCGCCACCGCCGCCGGAAGAGGAGUUCGAUCUCAGCAAGUUCCCACCGUUCACUUGCGUGAGGCUGAAAGGACUCAAGGUCAACACAGACCUGAACGGCCUGUGUGGGAUCGUGGCUCCGGCAGAGCUGACGCCGCAGCAGCCCCAGGUUCCAGGCACGCUGAAGGUGCGCUUGGAAUCGGAGCGGGAGGUGGCUGUGCGGCCACCGAACCUGGACACCUUGGAGGGCCAAGAAGCUACGCUGACUGCCCAGCAGCGAGAGAAGCUGCACAAGGUGAUGAUGGAGCUGCAGACAGAGGCUGCUGGUGGCGUGCAGGCGCGGCGUGCCGCUGCAGCAGCCGCAGUGGCUGCAGCUGCAGAAGCGGCCGCGAAGGCAGCUGGAAAGUGAAGCCAGGCACCAAUCAUAAACAACGAACAUAAUUAUUG